AUGACCUCUGUUCAGCGCGGCGCCGCCGGCGGCUGCUGCUGGGGCUGCGGCUGCUGUCGUGGUAGCGGCGGCGGCGGCUUCCAUGUUACGGGCGUGUCAUCUGCAUUCCCACUGCCGGGGUCUGUGUGUGCGUGUGUGGUGGAGCGGCCUCGCGCCGCAGCUGCCGCCGCCGCCGCCUCCCAGGCUCCCGGGCCGACCCGCCACUGCCGCUGCGGCCUCGCGGUGCGCCCUCGCCUUGCGCCCGGCCCGGGCCCCGCGCCUCCCCGGGCGCCGCGCUCUAGGCCGCGCGGCAGUGACGGGCCGGCCCCGGAGCCCGGGGCCUACGGCUGGAGCCCCAAGCCGCAACUUACUCGAGUGGAAGGAAGCAAGGCCUCGCCAAAGAUGGUUGAGAAAGACCGUGAGCCUCUACCCAGGAUCUUGAAGCCAAGGUGGUGUUUUGUUAUCCUCGUAAUGGUGGCAAAUAAGUAAGAAGAGAGCACGCUAUCUUCAGAUAAAGUCAAUCUGAAAUUCUCCCUGGAGGUGCAAGAAGGGGCUGUCCUCGGUUUAGUUAGUGGCUUGGAGCCCUCUUCGCCUUCCACUGAGCCACAAAAGAAUGGAAGACACCCCCCGGGGUGGGCAGAAAGCCCUGGUGUAAAAGACACAUUUUGCUUGCAAAGAAAAAGCCACUGGGGCCAAA